GCUCUCUCUCUCUCUCUCUCUCUGACCCAAUUGCAAAAAAUGGGAUUUGUUUGAGCUCGCUUGGCAAUUCCAAUCAUGUUGCAACAUGUGUCCCCAAUGGGAAGCCCACACCCCCGUCAAUCCCCAAGCACCCAUGAAAUUAUUGGAGUUAGUGAAGGGGAAGAGGACGAGGGCCCUAAAAAAGAUCGAUCCAAAAGGUAAGUACAGAGCAAGGUGCAAUUAUUCAUGCCAUGAAUUUCAUCCCAAUGGAAAAAGUCAAGAACCAAAAGAAAUUCCCUCCCCUCAAAAAAGCAGAAAAAAAGGGAGCGGAAAAGGCCGCAAUACAACGUCAUUCGCUAUACAUUACACAUACCAUAUAUAUGAACAUAUAUAUUAUUUGAGGUGAUUGAUUCCUACUCAUCUCUUCGAGGUAGGAGAAAAGAGAGAGAGACACUUCUCUCUAAAACCUCUUUCUCUUUAAGAUUUCUUCAUUUUCCGUCUAACCACCGAACUCUCUCUCCCCAAUUUUCUCCUCGCUAUUUCCAACAUGAGGACAUUGGAUAGAGAACGAGAGGGAAACUAGAGUCUAGUUAGAUUGAAAGAAGACAAAAAGAAAUCGAGGAGAGUCAUGAAGAACACCAUAAGGUGUUGCAUCUCUUGCAUUCUACCAUGUGGAGCUCUCGACGUGAUCCGGAUCGUGCACACCAACGGCCGUGUCGAGGAGAUCAGCGGCACCGUCCGCGCGGGUGAGAUCAUGAAGCUGCACCCCAAGCACGUCCUGAAGAAACCCUCGUCGUCACCGUCGGAGGACGGGGUCGUCCCGAAGAUAGUUGUAGUGCCACCGGACGCGGAGCUCCAGAGGGGGAAGAUUUAUUUCCUCAUGCCGGUCCCCUCCAUGCCCGAGAAGACCCGGUCGAGAUCUUCGAGUAGGAAGAGCAAGAAAAGAGAGUCCGAGGGCGGCGACGCGAAGUCCGCCAUCGCUAUGACGGCGAACCUCCUCAUCUCUGACCGGUACUUGAGCGAAAUACUAUCGGAGAAGUUGUCGACGCAAAGGGAUCGCAGGCGAGGCCGUGCUGCCGUAUGGAGGCCUCACCUGGAGAGCAUUUCUGAGGCCUCGAGCGACGCGUAAUUGGUGGAAUUGAAUCAUGUCAUGGUUUCCGGUCCAUCUUACUAGGGUUAGAAACUGCUUCAACCCUUUUCUUCCCCCUUCUUCUUGUGCUUCUUUUGGUACAUAUGGGCAGAGAAAAGAUAAAAAAACGUGAGAUAGUUCAAUCUUUUUCAUCAUAAGUUGCAUUGAUUUGUGAUGAUGCUAGUAGAAAGUCAUGGCCAUACUCGAUCUCGUCAAAAUGCCAAUCUAUGUUUGGACAACAUCGGUUUUUUUUUUAAUUUUAUAAUUUUCCUUAGGAGCUUCAUACAUAAGAAAUGUAAUUUUGCUAUGUUGAGAUAUCAAGUUGAAGGUCUUGUGCUUGAGUUGAGGGUAGAGAGAUUGUGAUUUGAGUAUCCUAUCAAUCUGUAUGAAUAGAAUUUUGGAAAGGGGAUUGGGAUGUGAUCAUUACACCGUGGCAUUUUUGGUGCUGUAAAAACCUUAUUAUAAAACUGUUUUUUGGCC